AUGCCUCACCACAUCGAGCAAGCAGAUCAAGGACAGGAGAGCGUCGCUGAGAAAACUCGACGUGCAAGUGUUGUCAGCAUGACACGAAACGACGCCGGCAGGAACAGCAUCAAAAAUCCUCUUGUUGGCAUUCCGAAAGAAGAGCUCCUCCGGGGCGUCGAAGCGUACGCGCAGGAGCACGACCUCAGCGAUGCUCUUCCACACCUUAAGAAAGGCGCCCUUGUGGCACAGCAUCCGGAUGACUUCGAAACCAUCGAUGAAUUGGACGACAACGAUCGCGAAGUACUACGGACCGAGAGGGAUCACAGAUGGCGGCAUCCAAAGUCGCUCUACUACACGAUUCUCCUGAACUCCAUCAGCGCAGCAAUCCAAGGAUGGGACCAGACAGGCUCGAACGGUGCCAACUUGUCCUUUCCGCAGGCUUUCAACAUCGCGGAUACUGGUGAGGCCUGUACGGCAGCUGGAACUUGUGAAAGAAAUUCAUGGAUCGUUGGCGCGAUUAACGGCGCUCCAUACAUGGCAAUCGCUCUAUUUGCUUGCUGGCUGUCGGAUCCCCUGAAUGAUAUUAUCGGCCGUCGCGGUACCAUUUUCGUGGGAGCCGUCUUCAGUCUCCUGGCCCCCAUCGGCCAAGCGCUCGCGCAGAGCUGGCCCCAGAUCCUGGUGUGCAGAAUUCUGCUCGGAAUCGGAAUGGGCCUCAAGGAAGUCACGGUUCCUGUCUACUCUGCGGAAAAUGCACCUGCAGCCAUUCGUGGAGCCUUGGUCAUGUCGUGGCAGCUCUGUGUCGCUUUCGGAAUCAUGCUUGGCUUCACUGCAAACCUCGUCGUGGUCAACACUGGACCCAUCGCGUGGAGGCUGCAGUUUGGAUCUGCUUUCAUUCCCGCCGUUCCUCUGCUUCUUGGUAUCUUCUUCGCUCCUGAAUCACCCAGGUGGUUGAUCAAGAAAGGAAGACACAGCCAGGCCUACAAAUCGCUUCUUCGGCUUCGCAACUCCCCUCUUCAAGCUGCCAGGGAUCUAUACUAUAUCCACUCACAGUUGCUUGCGGAGGAUAUGCUGAUAAAAGAGGAAGGCUUCGAGAAGUCUAGCUUUUUCACCAGGGCCGUGGAAUUGUUUACCAUUCCUCGAAUCCGCCGAGCCACCCAGGCUUCUGGAAUCAUCAUGAUUGCCCAACAAAUGUGCGGUAUUAAUAUCAUUGCAUUUUAUUCCUCAACUAUAUUCGUCCAAGCUGGCGCAAGUAAUAUCACGGCACUUCUUGUCACCAUGUUUGUCUUCGCCUUUCCGGCUCUCUACACGAUUGAUACUUGGGGGAGACGCACUCUUCUUCUUGCCACCUUUCCAUUUAUGUUCCUUACUCUGCUUGGCACUGGAAUGUCAUUCUAUAUUCCCUCGUCCUCCUCCGCUCACCUGGGCAUGAUUGCCUUUUUCAUCUUCGCCUUCGUUGCCUUCUACUCACCUGGAGAAGGCCCUUGUGCGUUCGUCUACUCUGCGGAGGUCUUCCCCCUGUCCCAUAGAGAGAUUGGUAUGUCAUGGGCAGUAGCGACCAACAACUUCUGGGCUGCUGUGCUCGGACUCACGUUCCCACGCAUGCUGCUCACACUUACGCCGUCGGGAAGCUUUGGCUUCUAUGCUGGGUUGAAUAUCGUCGCGCUCGUGGCGAUCUUCCUUUUCAUGCCCGAGACAAGCAAGAGGAGCUUGGAGGAGCUCGAUUAUGUCUUUGCUGUUCCUACGACCGUACACGCAAAAUACCAGCUAGGUCGCGUUCUGCCAUGGUGGUUCCGUAGAUAUGUCCUUCGCCAGAAGAAUGUGGUGGAGCCAGAACUGUAUCACUUUGACAGCAAUGAAGCAUAUCCAAGAGGGACGGACGGCGGAGAAAGUAUGGGUGGGAAGGAGUAG